CUCCACCGGCGCUCGGGAACGGAAGCGCCUGCGGCCGGGCCGGGGAAGCCCUGCUUCGGGGACACCCCAGCCCACCCCGGAGCGGCGGGCGAGGGAUGUUUUCAAAGUUGCUCGAAAAUAAUUCCCGGAUACAUCGUGACAAUAAAGCGAGCUGGGGGCGGUUUUUUUCUGCGAUCCGAGCUGGGUUGUUUUCUUUGCGGGGGGAGGGGGUGAGGGGUGGAGGGGAGCUUAGUAGGCAGGUCCCUGCACCGGGCGCCCUCCUUCCCUCCCGUGCGGACUUGGGAAGACCGUUGAGCCUUUUUACUGAAGCUUGUUUUUAGCUUUGAAUUUUGGGGCGACCUGGUUUUCAACAGGCUGGGACAGUUGUUGGGGGGCGGGGGUCACGACAUUUCCCGUGGGGUGGGGCCUGGGCUGCCCUCCCUCCUCCGUGGCGGUGGCACGCCUGGGGGGGCUGAUGUUGGGAAGGAGAGAUGGGGGGGAGAAGGGCGGGUUCUGACGCAUUGGGGAAGGGACCACUCCCAGCCUGCAUCCCCUUUGAAAUUUGCCAUCUGACUCCUUGGUGGUCUUGGAGGGCUUUAGAGAAUGUGUAUUUGCGGACUCCCCCUUUCCCCCCACCCAAGUGUUCAAACUUCCUGAGGGCUCUGGGGAGAGGUCUCUAGGGGCCCAAAGCAGGUCCUGGCAGCUCUGCCCCCACCCCCAGGGUCAGGAAGGGGCUCCUUCUGGGAAGACCCAAGCUCUCAGGGCCGUUAGAAGAAGGGCUCUCCUACUCCCCAUCUGUCCACCUCUUCCACCAUCACUCAGAUCUCUUCUUUGCUCUCCGUCUCCCCGUGUGUCUGUCCCCUUCUCUGUAGGGCCGUCUCUAGGCCUGAGGUGCCUCCUCUGGGCCCUGGAGGAUGAACCAGCCACAGAGGAUGGCGCCCGUGGGCACAGACAAGGAGCUCAGUGAUCUCCUGGACUUCAGCAUGAUGUUCCCCCUGCCAGCGGCCCACGGCAAGGGCCGGCCCACCUCCCUGGCCGGCGCCCAGUUUGGAGGCUCAGGGCUGGAGGACCGGCCCAGCUCGGGCUCCUGGGCCACUGGUGACCAGAACAACUCCUCCUUUGACCCCAGCCGGACCUACGGGGAUGGCACGCACUUCAGCGAGCCCCACGGCAGCCUGUCUUCGUCCACAUUCCUGGGCCCCGGGCUUGGAGGCAAGGGCAGCGAGCGGAGUACGUACACCACCUUCGGGAGAGACGCGGGUGUUGGCGGCUUGAGUCAGGCCGGCUUCCCGCCCAGCGAGCUGGCCCUCGGGAGCCCCGGGCCGCUGUCCCCUUCAGGCCCCAAGGCCGGUGUCCAGUAUUACUCCUACCCCAGCCACGCUCGGCGCAGAGCCGCGGAGAGCGGACUGGACUCGCAGCCCAAGAAGGUCCGGAAGGUGCCGCCGGGUCUCCCAUCCUCGGUGUACCCGUCCAGCUCAGGUGAGGACUACGGGAGGGACAGCACCGCCUAUGCACCUGCCAAGGCCCCCAGCAGCGCCUAUCCCCCCCCCUUUUACAUGUCAGAUGGCAGCCUGCACCCUGCGGCCGAGCUCUGGAGCCCCUCCGGCCAGGCGGGCUUUGGGUCGGUGCUGGGUGGGGCCUCGUCACCCUUGCCCCUCCCCCCAGGCGGUGGCGGCUCUGUCGGGGGCAGCGCGGGCUUCGGCAGCCUGCACCAGCACGAGCGUAUGGGCUACCAGCUGCACGGGACAGAGGUGAACGGCGGGCUCCCGGCCGCGUCCGGCUUCUCCUCGGCCCCUGCGGCCGCCUAUGGCGGCGUCUCCAGCCACACACCCCCCGUCAGCGGGGCCGACAGUCUCCUGGGCUCCCGCGGGACUACUGCUGGCAGCUCUGGGGAUGCUCUGGGGAAGGCAUUGGCCUCGAUCUACUCCCCAGAUCACUCAAGCAAUAACUUCUCCUCCAGCCCCUCGACCCCCGUGGGCUCCCCCCAGGGCCUCGCAGGGACAUCGCAGUGGCCCCGGCCAGGAGCCCCUGGUGCCUUAUCGCCUAGCUACGAUGGGGGUCUCCACAGCCUGCAGAACAAGAUGGAGGACCGCCUGGACGAGGCCAUCCACGUGCUGCGUAGCCACGCGGUGGGCGCCUCGGCGGACGUCCACGGGCUGCUGCCCGGCCAUGGGGCUCUGGCCUCAGGCUUUACCGGCCCCGUCAUGCCGCUGGGGGGCCGACACACAGGCCUGGUGGGAGGCGGCCCCUCGGAAGACAGCCUUGCGGGCAGCAGCAGCCUCCUGCACAACCACGUGGCCCUCCCCGGCCAGCCUGGCGCCCUCCCCGAGCUCGCUCGGCCACCGGACUCCUACAGCGGACUCGCGCGCCCUGGGGCGGUCUCGGGCGCCGGUGAGAUCAAACGGGAGGAGAAGGAGGACGAGGAGAACACAUCCGCGGCCGACAACUCCGAGGAGGAGAAGAAGGAGCUGAAGCCCCCGCGGCCUCGGACCAGCCCGGACGAGGACGAGGACGACCUUCUCCCCCCAGAGCAGAAGGCUGAGCGGGAGAAGGAGCGCCGGGUGGCCAAUAACGCGCGCGAGCGGCUGCGGGUCCGAGACAUCAAUGAGGCUUUUAAGGAGCUGGGGCGCAUGUGUCAGCUGCACCUCAACAGUGAGAAGCCCCAGACCAAACUGCUCAUCCUGCACCAGGCCGUGUCGGUCAUCCUGAACCUGGAGCAGCAGGUGCGAGAGCGUAACCUGAACCCCAAAGCGGCUUGCUUGAAGCGACGAGAAGAGGAGAAGGUGUCGGGCGUGGUCGGAGACCCCCAGAUGGUGCUUUCCGCCGCUCACCCGGGCCUGGGCGAGGCCCACAACCCCGCGGGGCACCUGUGAGGAGGGGGCGCGGCCCGGGGCCAGCGACCCAGCCCGGUCCCUGCCGGCAGCACGGCCUCCACCCUGGGCCUCACCAUCCCGACGCCUGGGGGCGGCCCCGAUGGAUCCUGAAACCACGGCCUGGGCCGGAAGGGGCAGUUUUGUUUUGUUUUGUUUGUAAACAAAACCGGGAAGCAAGCGAGAUGAACACUUUGUCCGAAAAGAGAAAAAAAUGCCUUAAGUAGAAAACGCGGGAGAGUCCGAACCUCCCCUUGCGGGAGGGAGAAGCGGGACGGGCUCGCUCUCCUGCAGCCGUGAAUCGUGCCUACGCCUGACCUGUGUCUUAAGGAAAAUAAAGAACGUUAGUUAGAUUUUUUUUAAUGUCUUAGGAAAUUAGCAGGGAGGAUGCUUUUGGUCUCUUUUUUUUUUUUUUUUAAGCUUUUUUGCAUAUGUUUUGUAAGCAACAAUUUUGUAUAAAAGUUUUGUGUCUCUUGCUGCUUCUGCUGCUGUUUCUAGACCUGAGCGUGGCUUUUCACAGUCAACCAGGUCAUUAAAAGUCAUAUUGAAAAGACCCACCGUGAACCUGAGAGCCCGAGCCCCAGAGCCGCUGGUGCAGGAGGGAUAGCGGACCCCUCUGCUCGCGGCUGGUUCAGAGGGUGGGUGGUUUCCUCGCUUCUUGUAGGAGGGACAUUGUGGGCCCCCUUUGCCCUGGUGGGGGUUAUCCUUGGGGAGCCCUUGCUGCGUCCUCACCCCUCCCUCGGGAAGGGGGUGGGGGGUGUCUGCAGGGCGGCAGCUCUGCUCCCCAGCCCUUCCCCCUCAGCCUGUGGGCCCGCACAGUCUGCAGACCUCCCCAGAUGGGAUUUUGUCAGACCACUGCUUCUGGGCACAGGGACCAUACGACAGGAGCUUGAUGGAGGGGGGGUGUCCCCAGGCACCGCAUUCUUCGUUCCUUUGACCUGGGGCCCUGGCCUGUUCUCUGAUCUCUGGCAGAGGACCUGCAGAAGACUCUGGGCCAGCACAUCAACCCCCAACCCAAGUGACUGACCCCAAACUCUGAAAAGCUCCAGGCUUUGGCCCUGAUCACCUGCAAGACCAGAAGGGUGUGGGCCAUAUCCAGGCCCGGCUUCCAGGCCUCCCCACGUCCCCUGCCUGCAGGGGGAACCAGCUCCACGCAGGGCUCCCCAGGCCUAAACCAAAGGUCCCUGCAGUUGCUGGGACACCCAGACAGCUGCCCCUCUGUGCAUCCCCCAGGUGCAGGGUCAGGCCUGCGGGGCUCCAGGCUCCUUCCUGUAACCACCUGGCUCCCGCCACCACAAGUGCAUGCACACGACUUCUGGACCCCAGGUGGCCACGUUCACUUCCCCCGCAACCCUCCCCCGCUGCACUCCCAGAACAGUGGGGCUGUCUGAUGCCCUCACACCCUGUGACUGGCACACCCUGAGGCCAGGAGCUGGACACCCCAAGGCAAGCACCAGGCAGGACCUGUGGGCUGCCUCCCAAGCCCUGAUGUCACCUCGGUCCUCCAACUGAUGCUGCCCACACCCCCCAGACGGUUCUGGGGACGGCGAGGAGUCGUUGGCAAGGGGCCCUCCUUGGUGCCUCCCCUGGUCUGUGUGGGUCUGGUGGGUCCUGUCUCAGUGUCCCUUGGUCUACAUGGAGCCACUCGCCCCCCCCCCCCAACUACUACUGGACUGUUCUGUACCCGUAAAUAGCCCUUGGGAAUGGGAAGAGACACAAGUAAGGGAAAACCGUGCUGAGUGCCUUAAGAUAUCUGGUUUUCAAACAAAACUUUAAGAAAAAUAAUUUUAUACAAGUGUCAACAUGGCUGGCUGGAUUCUUUGGGAUGUGUUAAGGGCCCCUCUCUUGAGCGGCUCUGGAGACCUGUCCUGUGUAGCACAGAGCCGCAGCAAUAAGUGUGAUAUCCUAUGGCCCCACGGCUGUCCCCUGGCUCUUCAGCUGCUGUGUGGUUCCAGCGGGGGGCAGGGCAGGCGGAAGGGGGUGCCACGCCAGGUAGGGGGCAUGGCAUUCUGCCCCGCAUGCAGGUGCUGAGGCCUCUGCCCUGCAUGUGAUCCCCUGGGGGCAGCUGUCACAGAGCCCCACACGGGGACGGGGUCUGAAACCACUGGGACCGAUUCUCCUGUGCUGGGGCCAGGCCCCCCAGAUCCUGGUGUGGCGGGGCCGCGCUCCCUCCUUGGGCUCCAGAGGAGGGUCCCUUCUGCCUCUCCCAGGUCCGGGGCCUCCAGGCAUCCCUGCGGUUGCGGCCACAUCACUCAGAGCCUGUCCCGGGGGCACUAGGUGCCUCCCCGUGCAUCUGUCACGAGGACGCACCAGUCAUUGACGGCCUCACGGCCUCCCCUUCCUGUACGACCUCAACUGAACCGACUGUACGUGCAAAGAUCCUGUAUCCAAAUAAGGUCCCGUUCCCAGGACUGGGGGGACAGGACGUGAGCGUGAGUCUUUGGGGGACAGGUACCACGAGGGUCUGACUGGGGCCACGGUGAGCAAGGCCAGCAAAGCCAGAGUGAUGGGAGGGGCCCAUGGCAAUUCCACAUUCUAGAACCAAAGCACCUUGGGUCAGGUGGGGAAUCUCUACUUGUAAUAAGAGGUUCUGGGAUCUGGACGCGGGACUGGCUCAUGGGGAAAGCCACUCCCUGAGAGGCUGCCUGUUAAUUUUUAUAAUUAAUGUAAUAUGCCAAAGGCCACUGAAUUAUGCACAUUAAGUCUAUAAAUGGGAUGGUGUGUCAACACCAUCAAGACAGUUUAUGGGCCCCCGGGUGGCUCAGGCAGUUGAGCUGCUAUCC